UGUUUAUUCCCAUCUCGCGGUAAUUUGUUGAAUAGUGUUGUUGCUGUGUUACUCCUACGACCUGUACACAACCAGGAUCCAGACAAGCGGAACCUCGCGUUUUUUUUUCAUCUCUGCAAAGUCUGUCAUUUGCCCCUUUCUCUCUUUUUAUUUUUCUUAAAAACAAAAAGACUAACUUGGUUAAGAGGCGACCCCAUGGAUUUGCUGUGGUUCGUGUGCGCGCUCCUCAGUGCCUGGUGCGUCUCCGCGGAGCGCCACAGCGUCUACUGGAACAGAACCAACCCAAACUUUGUAGACGACGAGUACACGGUGCACGUGAGCAUCAACGACUACCUGGACAUCAUCUGCCCGCACUACAAGCACGGCGAGAUCCCGUCGCAGCAGGCCGAGCGCUACGUGCUCUACAUGGUGGACAUGGAGGACUACGAUGUGUGCAAGCCGCACUCCUUCGAUCAGCUGCGCUGGGAGUGCUCCAGGCCCUUCGCUGCCCACGCGCCCGAGAAGUUCUCCGAAAAGUUCCAGCGUUUCACGCCUUUCACGCUGGGCAAGGAGUUCCGCCAAGGAGAGAGCUACUACUACAUCUCCAAGCCUUUGCACCAGCAUGGGGCCGAAUGUCUCCGGUUAAAGGUCGUUGUCGGAUCUCAUGGUUCCAAAAACCACAAGAAGACGACAGAGAAAGAGGAGGAGACGGAGGGAGGAAAGCACGGACGAACGGGCGCAGGAGGCACGCACAACCCGUCCAACAGGCUUCCUGCAGAUGAUCCUGUUGCCAUGAUUCCAGUUGUUGAAAGGAGCGUAGGCAGCUCCAGCUCUGCCGUUCACGUUAUGCCAGUCUCCUUCUUCAUCACAUUCGCGCUUGUCUUCCUCCUGCCCUUACACUGAGACCGGCUUCAGCUCCAUUGCUGAUGAACAGACUUUAUUACCGGUGCUGGUCGCUGGAUCUUAAAACACUUGUUUUUAUACACCGAUUUUUAUAUUUUAUAUAUAUAUAUAUAUAUAUAUAUAUAUAUAUAUAUAUAUAUAUAUAUAUAUAUAUAUAUAUAUAUACACACAUCAAACAAUGUGAAGCGUGGGUGCUGGUGUGUAUGUUGUUGAGUGACGUGCUUGUGUUUUUGCGAGUGACUGUGAUUUUUUGUUGUCGUUGUUCUACAUACUCUUUGUUUUUAAAGAGGAGAUUAUUACCGAACAGCUUGCCCUGUUUGCCCAUGUAUUUUUUUUUUUUCAUUAUUCUGACUGUGUCUGUGUAAAGAAUAUGUCUUUUCAUAGCAGCAACUACAAGAUACGAAUUAACUUUUAUUUAUGUUUUCGAAAUAAGUGUCAUAUAUACAGUUUAUAUAAACAAAAAGUUCCUACCACAAAGUUGAAGGCACACAGUUGUAUCUGAUGUCUUUAGAUGUGCUAGCAUAACAAUU